AUGGCGCGACAUCGUGCUGUUUAUUGACGACGAAGAUUCAGAAAUAGAAUUCGCUGAAUCAGUACUGACACCAUCAGCCGAAUCAUACUACGAGGAAUGCAGCAUCCAGUACCCCGGCUUCUGCCCCUACCAGAACUCCUCGGACGACGAGACCAUGGACUUCGACUACCCCACCACCAAGAACAGCAGGAUGAAGAAGAAAACAUUCAAACACGUGAUGUUUUACAUCGGCAUUGACGGAACAGACAGCGCGGAUAUGUUAAGAGAGCAUAUUUGUUUAGACGAUGCUGUUCCCUUGCUAACAGCCAUCGAUUUCCCCAAACAGAAGAUGGUCACCAUGAAGUAUGGUGACGAGAUCACCACCGACUCAGUUCAGAAUUUUGUUGAUGCGUAUCUCAGCGGUAAUGCGGAUUUCAAACCGUUGAAACCUUAUAGUGAUAGGUGUUAGAACAGUCAGUAGUCUUUCGUAGAAUAGAUAUAGAGUUCAAGUUUCUUGUUUUCUCUCAUCUACCUUCUCGCUUCGGUUUUAUAUAUCCGUUUUUAACCGCAAAAAUCAAUAUACCGUCUAUUUUAUAUUCGCUCUCACCAACAUCAAAUACAAUUUUGAUCUAACGGUAGUUAAUUCAGCAUGUGUAGGCUAUGAACCGUGAUAUUUUUGGUUCCAUUUCUUAUAGGCCAAAAAAAAAUGCUAAGAAAAAGCUAUUC